AUGGAUCGUGCGCGAACGUUUCUCCACCUCUCGUGUGAACGAGCUGAGAUUUGAAAGUUGGAGCUGCCAGGGAACUGUGUUUUUUGACGCUGAACCAUUGGUGCAACCUCUAGACCCCCUCGACGCCCCUGAGCUUUUCUCAGUGUGAUGGAUGCGGAGGUGGUUCUACAAGAGGAGGACAUGGAGGGCUCGUGGAUGCUGCUGUCCUGGCUGGCGUCCUGCCUCAUGGUGUUUGGAGGGGCCCUGCCCUAUGUGCCACAGUACCAGGAGAUCCAGAGAAGCAGCAACACUGAGGGCUUCUCCACCAGAGUCUGUCUGGUACUGCUCAUAGCCAACAUCCUGCGCAUACUCUUCUGGAUAGGGAAGCAGUUUGAGCUGACCCUUCUGCUCCAGAGUGUGGUGAUGAUCGUCGCCAUGUUUGCCAUGCUCCACCUCUGUUGCACAGUCCAAAACACCAACCGGGUGAGCACCAAGCAGCACCGACUUUCAGACUUAGACUUUCACUACUUCUGGAAGUGGAGCGCAUUUGAGGACUACCUGCUCUUCUGUUUCACCCUCACCGUGCUGUGUGCAGUGGUCACCCUGCUGCUGCUGGACUCUGCUGUGUUUGUGGAGAUGCUGGGCUCCAUGGCUGUGGUGUUUGAGGCCAUGCUGGGCCUCCCUCAGCUACUGCAAAACUUCCACAAUUGCUCCACCAAAGGCAUGAGUGUGAAGAUGGUGCUGCUGUGGACAGCAGGUGAUGUCUUCAAGACCAUCUACUUUGUGAUGAAUGAAAGCCCGGCUCAGUUCUGGGUGUGCGGUUCAGUCCAGAUCUUGAUCGACGUGGCCAUCCUGCUCCAGGUGCUAUUCUACAGCCAAGACACACAGGUCAAGCGAGGCUGA